AUGACCUAACAACAAUUUGCUCCCCUUCUUCUUCUACGAACCUCUCUGUUUCUCCCUCCAAACCCGUGACAAAACAUGUCUGAUGACGAGCACCACUUCGAGUCUAGCGAUUCCGGAGCUUCCAAGACCUUUCCUCAGCAAGCUGGUAACAUCCGUAAAAGUGGUUUCAUCGUCAUCAAAGGCCGUCCCUGCAGGGUUGUUGAGGUUUCGACUUCCAAGACUGGCAAGCACGGUCACGCCAAAUGUCACUUUGUUGCCAUUGAUAUCUUCAAUGGUAAGAAGCUUGAAGAUAUUGUGCCAUCUUCCCACAAUUGUGAUGUUCCACAUGUCAACCGUCUUGAUUACCAGUUGAUUGAUAUCUCUGAGGAUGGAUUCAUUAGCCUUUUGACCGACAGUGGUGGCACUAAGGAUGACCUCAAGCUUCCCACCGAUGAUUUUCUUGCCGCUCAUAUGAAGAGUGGAUUUGAGGAGGGUAAGGAGGUUGUGGUGACUGUCAUGUCUUCCAUGGGAGAGGAGCAGAUCUGUGCUGUCAAGGAAGUUGGUGGUGGCAAGUAAACUAAGUAUCCUCCGGAUAAUAUUAUUACCAGUUUGGCAACAGUUGUCAGUGUUAUAAGAACAAAAGAUGUUUUUUCUUCUUCCUAAUUUAGACCAUCUGUGUGUUUCUUGUUGCAAGACAACCAUAUCUAUUGGUUCUGGAUUGUUGCAAAAUUUGUGUUGAAACAUUGAAAGUUUCCCUGUCAGAUGUUAUUCUUAAUCCCUAUCACUGUUCGGUGUUUGUAUGUUUAUUCAGUAAGUUUUGUGCUAAGGCAACUUUGCUCCUCUGGCAAGAAUUAAUAAAUGGUGGAUACGAA